AUGCCCAAACAACGAUCUUCAAAACUAUCAUUCGACUCCGGUCCACCCAUCCCCUUCGGUGGAUAUGCGUUCAACGCACCUUCAGCUAAUGCUUCAUCUAAAGAUCGACCAAUCAACAAUGGUUCGACAUUCCUAGCUAGAAACAAGACUGAACGAGGUAGAUUACAAGGAUUGGUUCAUACGAUGAGUAAUCUGGGUGAUAAUGCAAAUCCUAUCACGAAAACUUCAGGUUGGACGGAGAAGAUGAAAGUAUGGAUGGUCAAUGAAGGUGGUAGAAGGAUCUUCUUUCUCCUUUGGAUAUUCCUUCACAUAAUGGCAUUUGCAUUUGCCUUGGUACACUAUCAAUUGAAAGAUAAUUUCGUCACUGCUAGAUCAAGUUUCAAUUGGACUUUCUCCGGUGCUAGAGGUGCCGCUCAAGUAUUACAUAUCGAUAUCAUCUUCAUUCUCUUUCCUGUCUGUCGUAACUUCAUAUCACUACUUCGACGAACACCGCUCAACGAUGUUAUACCUUUUGACAAGAACAUCACGUUCCAUAAGCAAGUCGCUUGGAUGAUCGUUCUGUUCUCCUUGAUUCAUACAAUAGCUCAUAUGAGGAACUUUGCACUGUUGGCAAUAGUAACCAAUACGGGUAUUGUCGGUUUCCUCGAGUUCAACUUUAUCACUGGACCUGGCGCAACAGGAUGGAUCAUGUGGGUAGCUCUAGGUGUGAUGGUAUGGUUUGCCAUGGAGAAGAGAAGAAGAGCGCAUUUCGAGAGAUUCUGGUAUUCUCAUCAUUUAUUCAUCGUGUUCUUCGUUGGGUGGCAAUUACAUGGAAUGUUCUGUAUGAUCCAGCCUGAUCGACCACCGUUCUGUUCUGCCGGUACAAUUGGUGUAUUCUGGAAAUAUUGGUUACCUGGUGGACUGGUCUGGAUAUCAGAACGUAUCUUGCGUGAAGUUAGGGCUCGGCACGUCACGUACAUCUCCAAGGUCAUCCAGCAUCCUUCCAAGGUGCUGGAGGUUCAAAUCAAGAAAGAAAAUACUACUAGAAGAGCAGGACAAUAUAUCUUCAUCAAUUGUCCCGAGAUAUCAUACUGGCAAUACCACCCUUUUACGCUUACCUCUGCCCCCGAAGAAGACUAUAUUUCAGUACAUAUAAGAUGUGUAGGAGACUGGACCACCGCAUUUGCGAAAGCCUUAGGAGCCAACUUCGAUGCUAAGACUACUAAGGAGGAGGAAGCAAAGGGCGGUAAAGUCGUUACUGCCCCAACGAACAAGGUAUUACCACGAGUGAUGGUAGAUGGUCCGUUCGGAUCAGCAAGUGAAGAUUUCACGAAAUACGAGACUAUCUUACUUGUAGGCGCUGGUAUUGGUGUCACUCCUUUUGCAUCGAUCCUGAAAUCUAUCUGGUACCGAAUGAACAAUUUCGGCAAAGAGAAGAAAACGAGAUUAUCAAAGGUUUAUUUCGUAUGGGUGAUCAGAGAUUUCGGUUCUGCUGAAUGGUUUCACAGUUUGUUACAAGCCGUUGAAGCUGAGGAUAGAGAAGGUAGAAUCGAGAUUCAUAUUUACCUUACAGCCAAGAUCGACGAGGACAAGAUGCAGAACCUCCUGAUCCAAGAUGUCGGAGCUGAUAAAGAUACGAUUACGAAUCUACGUGCACCGACGCACUUCGGUAGACCAAACUGGGACAAAGUGUUCGAAUCCAUUGCGAACAAACAUCCCGAUACGGAUUGCGGGGUAUUCUUCUGUGGUCCGGCGGUAUUAUCUAGGACGUUACAUCAGAUGAGUAAUAAGUAUACCUCCCCGAUGGGAUGCAGGUUCUUCUUCGGUAAGGAGAAUUUCUAA